AUGGAACAGUCUGCAUCAUACAUAGGAUGUGAGAUUUCAAAAGUGCCUUUAUCUGAUAUCGCUCAGAGGAUUAUGACAGCUCUGCAGUCUGUUCCUGUAGGAGAAGUUCAGACUAGCAGAAAGAAUAACCGGAGUAUAGAGAAGACAAAGGAAAAUAAACUAGGUGAUAAGGAUGCACGCCUGAAAAAUGAAAAGGAGAUUCAUGAUUCCACAGUUGCCGUAAAAACAUCUGUCAUCUCUGAAAAAAAUACUGCUGGUCAGAUAGUCAGGACAGUACAUACCAAUGAAAUGCUUUGCUGUCAAGAUACCAAAAUAGUGAGCAAUUACCAGGAUUUAGAUUUGCCAACGUGGGCAUACAGAGAAAGAAAUCUUUCAGUAGAAGCAAAAGACCUGAAAGAGGGUGAAAAGAAUGUAGCUACUCCCCUCAAAAGAAAGCAUGAUAUGCCUGCAUCUUGUUCAGAGAAAACAAGAAGAUUAUCUGUAAAGACCCACACUUCUUCACACGAAAGAAGAUACAACUGUACUCCUGGCCAGACAGAAUCUUCUGAAAAUUAUCCUUGUGAUAUCAGGAAUUUGGGAUGUGAAGAAAAAAGAGAAUUGCUUGCAGCUAUAGAACAGGCAGUGGCUUUUGUAACUACUAUGAUAUUUCAGGAUGGUUCUUCACAGCUCAACUCAGAGCAGGCCUUAACCUCAUCAGUCAAAGGAAUUGUUGUGUUAGUGAAGAACCAGACUGAUCACCCUUGCCCUCCCAGUUACUCUUCAACUGACUGUACUUGGAAUGCUGCUAACGGAAAUAAGUUAAUUUAUCUAAAAACUGAAUGGUCAUCUCUUUGGGAACAAGAACAACAGGCUCACAAGAAAUUUGCCUGGCAAGUGUUGUUUCAAAUGCUGCACCGCAAAGUUCCGGUUAUCUGCUUCAAUGCAAAAGAUUUCCUGAGGACUCUACUUUAUGGUAAUGAAAUUAGCUGGAAACAAGUUGCUGAUAGUGUUGUGUUAGAUCCGAGGAUUGCAGCGUGGCUGAUAAACCCCAGCGACACAGUUCCCUCUUUUGAAUGUUUGAUACAGAAGUAUUUUGAAAAGCCUGUCUCCAUGGGAGCAGUAAAUACAGAGACAGGCACCCUGAGAAAUGCAUCCUAUCAGAAUUUAGGUGUGAACUUGGAGAAGCUUUAUAAUGUAAUGAUGGACCUUGCUCGUGACUUACAGGUUCAAGGUUUAUGGAAAUUAUUUUGUACAUUAGAGCUUCCACUUAUCAAAAUUCUGGCAGUGAUGGAAACACACAAAAUACACGUGAACAAACAAGAACUGAAAAAAACAUCAGAGAUUCUGGGGUUGCGACUCAAAGAGCUUGAACAGGAAGCUCAUCGAGUUGCUGGAGAACAGUUCCUUUUAACCAGCAGUAGUCAACUCAGAGAGGUGCUAUUUGAAAAGUUAAAACUGCAUACACUGUGUGAGAAAGUUCACAGAACUGAAAUACAACAACUGGUGUCUACCUCGGAAGUUGUGCUACAUAAGUUGCAAGAUCUUCAUCCUUUACCUAAGAUAAUUUUAGAAUACCGUCAGGUUCAUAAGAUGAAAUCAACUUAUGUGGAUGGACUACGAACAUGCAUGAGAAAGGGAUUUAUUUCCUCUACAUGGAAUCAGACAGGAACUGUGACUGGCAGACUUUCAGCCAAACAUCCAAACAUUCAAGGUAUCUCAAAACAUCCAGUAAGAAUUACAAAGAAACAGUACAUAAAAGGAAAAGAAGAAGAAAUAGUAACUAUUUCCCCAAGAACGUUAUUUGUUUCAAAAAAAGGACAUACAUUUUUAGCAGCUGAUUUUUCCCAUAUUGAGUUAAGGAUCCUUGCUGACUUAUCAUCUGAACCAGAACUUCUGAAACUGUUCCAAGAACCUGAAACCACUGACAUCUUUUCCACACUGGCUUCUCGGUGGAAGGAGAUUCCAAGUGAACAAGUGAAACAUGCUGAUAGAGAGCAAGCAAAGCGUAUAGUUUACUCAGUGGUGUAUGGAGCAGGUAAAGAACGUCUUGCUGACUGCCUGGGAACUACUCCUCUUCAAGCCAGUCAAUUUAUAGAGAGUUUUAUGCAAAAAUACAAGAAAGUCCAUGAAUUUACAAAGAAAACCAUUGAACAGUGCCGAAAUAAAGGUUAUGUAGUUUCCAUAAUGGGACGUAAAAGACCACUGGCAAAUAUCAAUGCACAGGAUUACAAGCUACGUACUCAAGCGGAGAGACAGGCUGUCAAUUUUGUUGUUCAAGGAUCUGCAGCUGAUCUCUGUAAAAUGGCUAUGGUGGAGAUUUUUACCUCUGUUGUCGUUUCUCCAACAUUAACAGCCAGGUUAAUUGCCCAGAUUCAUGAUGAGCUGUUGUUUGAAGUAGAAGAUUCGCAAAUCCAGGAGUUUUCAGCACUGGUAAAAAGGACAAUGGAGUCCCUGCAGCAUACCACAGCCUUGAAAGUGCCACUAAAGGUUCCCUUGAAAGUGAUUCUUACCACUGGGAAAUCAUGGGGGUGUAUGACAGAAUUGCAGGAGAUGUAA